GUGGAAGCCUUUCCUGAAGCUAUUAAAUAUUGGGAACGUGCUUACGAUGGUAAAACUCUCGACCCAGGCGACAAAUACAGAAUCGAAACUUAUUCAGAUGGCUACAAGACUACUAUGCGUAUGACAAUAACGGAUUUGCGAAAAGACGAUUUCGGUUACUACUAUUGUGUGGCGCGUAAUGAAAUGAAUGCCACAAUGGUUAACUUUGAAGUAGCGCCGCAAGAUCCGAACAGCGAAAUACCAUAUGUUGGAAAGGAAAUUAAAUUCUACGGACAGCGACCGCCGGAAAGUGAAUGUCCAGUUUGUGACCAAUGUCCCGACCCAAGGUGAGUGUAUUCGCAAAGCGGUAAUAAAUGAAAAAAUGCGCAAAGGAAAGAAAAAUACAU